AGUGGAGCAGAAAGUUGGUACAUUAGUGUUUUCGGUCCCCCGCGGUUGAUGAUGAAGGAGUCCGGGAUGUCUGUGCCGGUCUCAGUGGGGACUCUGCUGCAGGCUGACCUCCAGGAGGACCCCGCUUACCGGGACGACGGCCUGUGUGUGGUCGGUGUUUUUGGGAAGAGCAACAUGCAAAGCGGGCCGCUGAAAGAGUCUUUGCUCAACACGCUGGCGGACAAAAACAUCUUCCCGAUGUUCGGCGAAGCGGAGGAUGGCGGCUCGGCGGACAGCCUCAUCCAGGCGUUUUACGACCAGGAGAACCGGGUCCUGUACCUGCAUCUCUCCUCCGUGUGCGACAGCCGCCAGCUGCUCCGGGCCUGUCGGUCUGUGGGCGCCGACACCAGCCACUCCGACGCCCACGACUUCUGGAAAGGCCUGGAACGACAGCACUGCCUGCAUCUGCUGUACUUGUUCUCCGUGUGCCACAUCCUUCUAAUGGUUCAUCCCAACCAGACCUUCGACGUGACCUACGACCGGCUCUUCAGGGCCAUGGACGCGCUGCGGCAGAAGGUGCUGCCGCUGAUCCGGGCAGCCAUCAAAGACUGCCCGGUGUCCAAGGAGUGGAAGCUGAACUGCAGGCCCUGCCCCCCGCGCCUGCUCUUUGUCUUCCAGAUGAACGGAACCCUAAAGAUCUCCAACAGCCCAGAGUCUGGAGGAAACCCUGACAAACCCAAGAAGCACUCUCCUCGGCGGCGCCUGCAGCACGCUCUGGAGGACCAGAUCUAUCGCAUCUUCCGGAAAAGCAGAGUCCUGACCAACCAGAGCAGCAACUGUCUGUUCACUGUUCCCGCCAACCAGGCGUUUGUGUAUGUGAUUCCCACAGCAGACGAGGAUCCGGUGAGCACCUUGCUCACCCAGCUGCGGUCUAACUGCAUCUUAACUGACCAGGAACCCAGCGUGACCAUAUCUGGACCGAGGAAGUACCAACAGAUGCGGCGCUCGGCUCGGCAGCUCGGCGGCGGUGGAGACGCUGGCGGUCUGUCGGUUGUCAGUCAGCUGGUGGACUGCAGCCUGAAGGAGUUCCUGUGGCAGCACGUAGAGCUGGUGCAGACCAAGAAAGGAUUUGACGACAGCGUGGGUCGAAACCCACAGCCCUCGCACUUUGAGCUGCCAAACUACACCAAAUGGGCCAGUGUGGCGUCCAAACUCCAUCACGUCUUGAUCAGCAACACGGACGAAGAAAUGGCCGAACUGGCUGCUAAAGUGCAAAGCCAGUUGAAGGUUCUGGAUGGGUUUCUCGACGCUGACUCAAAAUUCUCUGAGAACCGGUGUCAGAAAGCUCUGCCGCUGGCUCACAGUGCGUACCAGUCCAACCUCCCCCAUAACUACACCACAACAGUGCACAAAAACCAGCUGACGCAGGCCCUGCGGGUGUACAGCCAGCAUGCGCGGGGCGUGGCCUUCCAGCGCUACGCUCUGCAGCUUCACGAAGACUGCUACAAGUUCUGGAGCAACGGCCACCAGCUGUGUGAGGAGAGGAGCCUGACGGACCAACACUGCGUUCACAAGUUCCACCUGCUGCCUCAACCAGACGAGAAGCCAGACGUGGAUCACAACCCUCCCAUCCUGAACCACAACAGCAGGGGGCGCUCCACCUCCAGCUGUAACUGCGGCCGGAAGCAGGCUCCUCGAGAAGAUCCCUUCGACGUUCAGGCCGCCAAUUACGACUUCUACCAGAUGCUGGAGGAGAAAUGCUGCGGGAAGCUGGAGAGGAUUGACUUUCCGGUCUUCCAGCCCAGCACUCCCGAUCCGGCGCCCGCCAGCAACCAGGCCCAGCAGGCCUCCUGUGAGGGGUCUGGUGAUGCGGAUCGGCCAAAGGAGCCCAGCUCAGCGCAGAGCCACACCCCCGGAGACGCCAGCCUCAGCCUGGCUUUAAGUCUGGGUCGGUCCACGGACAGCCUGGAGCCCUACGGGGACGGAGAUGGCCCCGAAAAGCAGGGCCAGCCGAAGAGGCCGAGCCUCAUUGAUCGCCAGCCUUCAACUGUGGAGUACCUCCCUGGCAUGAUGCACUCUGGCUGCCCGAAGGGUCUCCUCCCCAAGUUCUCCAGCUGGUCGCUAGUCAAGCUGGGCCCGGCCAAGUCGUACAACUGCCACACGGGUCUGGAGCAGCCCGGCUUCCUCCCCGGCUCCUCCUUCCUCCUGCCGUGGGAUUUGGUGAUCCGAUCUCGAUCAGACGAGGAUGCGGGACUCUCUGAGCCUUUGGACGGGGGCGCCUCCUCGUGGCCAGCUCCUAACAAAAGCCUCAUUGGGAAACGGGGGAGCACUGGAGGCCUUGGCAGGAGCCGCAGGAGGGACGACAUGGCCCGGGUCUUUGUGGGAUUCGAGUACGAGGACAGCAGGGGGCGCCGCUUCAUCAGCUGCGGACCUGAUAAAAUAGUGAAGGUGAUGGGGCCGGGGGGCGCCAAAGAUCCCGCCACACGGGUUUUGAACACAGACAUGCCGUUGUACAUCCCCUCCCCCUCCCAGGGGCGAGGCCUGAAGCCGCACUUUGCUCAGCUGACUCGCCUUUUUGUCGUCGUGCCGGACGCGCCGCUGGAGGUCACUCUGAACCCCCAGGUGCAGCCCGGUCCUCCUCCCUGUCCCGUCUUCCAUCCAGAGCAAACGGACAUCGUGUUGCCGCCCGACGGCCUCUGGGUGCUGCGCUUCCCGUUUUCCUAUGUGACGGACUGCGGCCCCUGCUUCCCCCCCAAAGAAAACCAGCCGCUCAGCAACUACAAGGUGCUGCGGGGCAUCCUGAGGGCCGCCACAUCUAAUCCUGCCCCACAGUGAACUCUCCGGGAUGUGAACUGCAGCAAAUGGGCUUAACGGUUACAGAUCCUCAGGAGGAAGAAGAUCUGCAGUUCAGCCGAGCAGCAAAGCUGCCGUCAGCAGACUUUUAACCUCAGAUGAUCUUCUCUAAGGUUGUGAAAGUCCAUUUUUUCCCCGAACAGAGCAGACUUGAAUUGUUGAAAACUGCUGUUGGUCAUCUGGAGGUGACAGGAAUGUUCCACAUUUUCUGUUUGAAAAAACACGUCAAAGCUUCUCUUUUUCUUGUCAGGUGGCUCAUCCAAAGCUGCUGAGAUAUUAAAAGUAUUGUUUCAUUGUUUUUUUUUUUACUGUUUAUAGAUUAGUAACAUAUUUUUUAAUUUCAGCUUUCACUCAUAUUUAAGGUGGAUUUUGACCCACAUUUACAUUGUUGACCAACAAGAUUUGGUCUGAUUGCUCAUGUUAGUCAAGUGAACCGUCAGCCUGACGUUUUUGGAGCUGUUGGCUCAGAGUAAGUUCACUCCUGUGCAUCUCAGAUGGAUAAAUGCUUCAUCCUAGGUUUCUGAUAGGACUUUAAUGCGGGUUAAACACAUUUUGUACUCUCAAAAACCCAUGCAACAUCAAACACAUGCUUGUUUGAUUAGGAUAACUCCUUUUUAAGUUCUGUCUGAACCCAAUCUGAGUCUGUGUGUACAAAUAAGUCAUCUACUUUGGGUUUGCUAAAUAAAAAAUAUUAAAUCCACA